AUGAAGACCAUCGUAACGAUCGUGCUUCUACUCGCUGUUGCGUCCGUGGUGGAGCUGAAAUCGGAAUCGAAGAAGCAUAAGCGCGGAGUGGCGUUCUUCGGAUCGCCCGAUUUCUUUGGGAUCGUGCCAGCCUUCGCUCCACCAUGGGCUCCUACGGGCUUUGCUGCUUCAGCCUGGAAUCCACCGAUUGCCCCCGAUGUAGCGCUCGCACAGGUCCAAGUUCAAGCCACUCACGAUGUGGCGCUUCAGGCGUUGAAGGAUCCGGCGCCCGGUACGCCCAGCAUCGCGUACCCACCCGAGGUUCUGAGAGCGAUACAGCAGGCAAAAGAGGCGAACCACAAUGUUGCCGUGGCUCAGCACAAAGUUGCAGAGGCGAAGCAAUCCGCGUUGAUUCAGCAGAAAAUUGCAUUGGCAAAGGAAGCGGCGGCGAGGGAAGCUGCCGCAAGGUCGCAUGAGAUUUCGCAGUACGCCGACACUGAGGCUAAAGCCAGCGCUCGACAGCUCGUGGCACUGCAACAGAGAUUAGCAACCCUAAAGGAUGCUGUGGCAGCUGCACAAAGAGUAGCAGCGGCGAGGGAAACCGCCGCAGCUGCGGCAAUCCAAAGAAACGCGGCUAACACCGCCGCGGAAUUGCGAAAGCUGGAUGUUGAUAAGCAAAUUAGUCAGACCGAGCAGGAAGCUAAGGAAAGGGAUGUAUUAGCUGCGAAAGAAAACGCAAUAGCAGCUGCGGUCCAGCAAGCGAGUCUACAGAAACCUGCUCACCAUCCUUGGGGUUGA